CCUCUCCCCCCCCUCCCUCUCCCUCCCCAUCCCACCCCCGGCUGGGGGGUGUCUCUCGCCUCCCUCCGUCGCUCCCUCCCUGUGGGGCGCAGGGAUGCCAUGGCCGCGCCGCGCUCCGCGCUGCCCGCCAGCCCGCCGGGGCUGCUGCUGCCGCCGCUGCUGCCGCUGCUGCUGCCGCUGCUGCUCGGCUGCCGCGGAGAUUUUGGUCGUUCCUCUGAGCUGGCGUUCGUUGUGGAGCCUAGCGAUGACAUAGCUGUGCAGGAGCAGCCCUUGAUCCUCUACUGCCAGGUGGAGGGCAUCCAGCCCAUCACCAUCACGUGGCGGAAGAAUGGUGUGAUGAUUGUGGACAGUGAGAAUGCCUUCGUUUUGGCCAAUGGGUCGCUUUAUGUCUCCCGCUUCCAGAGGGUCCGGGGAGAUGGGUCUUCAGAUGAAGGCGAGUACGACUGCAUGGCGCAAAACCACUAUGGGCUGGUGGUGAGCCGGAAGGCGAAGAUUCAGGCAGCAACGAUGUCCGACUUCCACAUCCACCCUCAGAAUGCAGUGGUGGAAGAAGGUGGUGUAGCCAGAUUCCAGUGCCAGAUCCAUGGCUUGCCUGAGCCAGUCAUCCUCUGGCAAAAGAACCGUAUGCCGGUCAAUACAGACAAUGAAAGGUACACACUGCUUCCCAAGGGAGUCCUCCAGAUUACGGGACUGAGGGCAGAAGACAGUGGGAUUUUUCACUGUGUUGCUACCAAUAUUGCUAAUGUGAAGUUCAGCCGGGAGGCCAGACUCACUGUGUCAGGCUCCCACUCCACCGUUUACAAGGAUCCCAUGAUUCUCGUCGGUCCAGAGAAUCUCACGCUGACAGUGCACCAAACUGCUGUGCUGGAGUGCAUCGCAACAGGCAAUCCCCGGCCCAUCGUCUCCUGGAGCCGCCUAGAUGGCCGUCCAAUUGGCGUGGAGGGUAUCCAGGUGCUGGGGACAGGAAAUCUCAUGAUCUCAGACCUCACCGUGCAGCAUUCUGGCAUCUAUGUGUGCGCAGCGAACAAACCUGGCACUCGGGUGCGAAGGACUGCACAGGGCAGACUCGUUGUACAAGCCCCUGCAGAGUUUGUGCAGCAUCCCCAGUCCAUUUCCAGGCCUGCAGGGACUACUGCCAUCUUCACGUGCGUGGCCCAAGGGGAACCCCCACCACAGAUCACUUGGCUGAGGAACGGGCAGAUCCUGGAAACCAGCGACCACAUUAAGCUGAAGAAUAACAACAGCACUCUCUCCAUCUACGGGAUCAACCAGGCUGAUGAAGCCAUCUACCAGUGCAUCGCUGAGAACAGCGCCGGCUCCACACAAGCCAGCGCUCGCCUGACGGUCCUCUGGGCAGAUGGGCUGCCCAGCCCUCCGCAGAGUGUGAAGGCUGAGACAGUCUCUGCAACCACCAUCCAAGUGUCUUGGAAAGAGCCUCUGCAGAACACCAAGGAGAUCAUUGGCUAUGUGCUUCACAUUCGGAAAGCUGCAGAUCCUGAAGAGAUGGAGUAUCAGGAGGCUGUUAGCAAGAACACUUUCCAGCAGCUAGUGACUGAUUUAGAGCCCUCGACCAGCUACAGCUUUUAUAUAAAGGCUUACACCUCCCGGGGCGCCAGCAAACCCUCGGAAGUCACAGUGGUGAGCACGCUGGGAGAAGUCCCAGCCAUGCCAUCCCUCUUUAUUAAAGUCAUUAACAGCACCACUGUCCAGGCUACGUGGGAGCCCUCCAUCAAACUGGGCCAGCAUGAAGGCUUCAAGCUGUAUUACCGCAAGGUCCACCUCUCCCACUACACAGGACCCGUUUUACUGCCCAGCAACGUAACAGUGUACAACAUUACCCACCUGGAUGCCUCAGUGGUGUAUGAAGUUAAGCUCCUCGCCUAUAACCAGCACGGGGAUGGAAACUCAACCGUCCGCUUUGUGUCCUUGAGGGAAACUGUGGAGAGGACAGUGCUGAAUCCCCCCUGUGACUGCAUGAAGGAUGAGCAGAACAAUAAAACCUCCACCACCGGCAUCAUCAUUGGGAUCCACAUUGGCGUCACGUGCAUCAUAUUCUGCGUCCUUUUCCUCAUGUUUGGGUACAGAGGAAGGCUGCUGAUGUGCAAAAAUGUGCAGGAACAGCUGUCAACCCCGCAGAUCCCCAGGAGCCAGCGCGGUGCCACAGGCCUCGUCCUGAAUGGGGCUGCUCGCAGGGACAGGGACGACCGGGACAUGAAUGGAAAGCAGCUGGAUAUGAAUGAGCUGGAGAGAUUAUUCCCAGCAUCUCCAACCCAGGAGCAGCAGGAUAAGGGAAUAACGUCGGCUCACAGCCCACCAGCCACCCACGAUGACACCCAGAUAUCCACACUCCCUCUGGAUGAGUUCAGCGUCAUCGAGGAGCAGGCAGACCCCCUCCCCAAAAGCCCUCGCAGCAGCAGCCCUGCUGCUCCUGCUCUCGACCACGGUCCCACCAAUGAAGGAUAAAACUGCCAAGACUCGAACCCUCCUGUAGGAGUUACCAGAAACCAAACCCACGGCUGGUGACGUCCUUACAGUGAGUCGUCAAUCUCAGGUCAAUUGAAGAUUUCUACGGUCUGAUUGUUAUUUUUUUGUUUUGCUUUAUUUUUAUAUAUAUAUAUAAAUAUAUAUAUAUGUAUACAGCCUCUUGGAAACUCUGUGAAGUUUAUCUUCCUGACGUCUCUCAGGCCUCUCGAUGCUUUUUUUCCGAUGAUGGCUUUAUCGAGACUGGUCACGAUGGAUCCUUUCCUGCAGCUGCUAAGUAAAAGACUCCUUGGCAGAGUUUGGCAAACUCUCCCGUCUCAGACAGACCGGGGAUACGGUGGAGCCUCCUUCUCUUGGCAUCCCGGAUCAGCAGCUUUAGGACAACUUUCAGUAUCUAUUUUUUAUUUCCAGAAGACUGGAUUCAGAGAAAUCCUUUUAACUUGACUCCAAAAAUUGAGGCCCGGGAAGGCCAUCUCUUUGUGAAUUUGAUGAUUUUGUACACUUCUGCUAUUUCUCAGGAUACUUUUUUUGCUGAUUGACUCAAAAUAAUAUGAAAAAAAGGAAAAAAAAAAAAAAAAAAAGAGUGUGUGUGUCAAAGGAUGCCUGAGGGCUACUGACAGACUUGGACAGACAACCCCAGUGAACUCAGAACCUACCUCAACCGGAAUGAAUGUCUUCUGGGAAGCAGAAUUACCUGCGUCUUCCUUCGUGUUCAAAAAAACAAGUAGUGUAGCACUUGGUCAGUACAAGCUUGGUCCUACCUCAGCAGUCACGCUCUGUACCUGCCGCCUUGGUGGUUUCGUUGUUGUCGUUCCCAUGUAAAGCACUUCCAAACCUUUGAAAGCAAUGUUCUACCUCAAGUGUGAUAGAAAUGCGUGCAUGCGUGCGUGUGUGUGUGUGUGUGUCCUCUUCUCUUCCCCAGUUUCCGCCCCUCCCACCCAGCACCACAUGAAGCAAGGUGCUUCACGAGUGUUAUGAGCUUUACUUUUAGGCAUGUAGCGGGGCUCUGGUGUGAGUUUUGUGUGGCAGAGAUUUGUAUCAUGGUUUUUUUACUUCAAAGACUGUUGAGGCCAUCAUAGACACGCGGCUCAAUGCCCUGUGGCUUGCCAGCACUGUUGCUCUUGCAGGGCCAAAUUUGGUGCUGGUGGUGGCUGUCUUGGUCCAUCCUGGGUAUAUUCAGGAUACGACUCUCCGUGGCUGAUUUCCUGCAGGAUGAUUUAUGGCAUGUGCCAGCAAGAGCAGCGUAACACACCCCUGGGAGGUGGGAACCUGGACAUCACCAUCCUGUCCUUUCAAAGCUCACCCUGCCAUCAGGAGCACCUACAAGGAAAGCCUGAUACAGCGCUUCCCAACCCCCUUGAGAUGCUAUUGAGCUGCUCCCAGCUCCUCCAGCGUAUUUCCAGUGAGCAGGAGCUCAUCCAGAGGAUGAGCUGAGCCAAAAAAAGGGCUCACUUCCCUGGGAGGGACAAGGUGAGGAGGGCUUCCAGGCAGUGAUGCCAGAGGAUGCUGUGGGCUGCCCCUCCCAAUGCCCAGAGUGGGCAGAGCAGCUGUCAACACCAAAGAGAGGGUUUGUGUGUGACGUCCCCCUCCAGGGACUGACCACCAACCUGCCACCACGGUUUUUUGGUUGUCCUGGCAUGGUGCAGCCCUGUGAGUUGGUGUGCAACCAGUGUUGUCCAUGAGGGCAUGCACUGGGGACAGGGACAUCCACCAGCCAGUGCUGGAGGGCAACCCUUUCCCCGCCACAUGGGUUGGUUAAAGGCUUGACCCCGUGGUGGUGAAUCAAACAUCACUAUAUUUGCAAGGAUAAGCGAAAGGAAUCAGGAAAGGAAAUGAGUUUUAAGUUGGAAAAAAACCUAAUAAUAGUAUUUUUUUUAAAUGGUACCAGUGGGAGAAUCCCUUGCAUCAGAAACAUCCCCCAUUGCCUUCCCACUUGACCAUGGGAUGCCCCCAAUAACUGAGUAAAUGAUACGAUACACAGGAUGAUACGGCAAACACCUUUUGCCCUAUGCUGUUGUCUUGGUGCUGGGCUGGGUGAGCUGUGGGCAGGCUCUGCCCUUCCAGGUCACAUCAUCUGCCCUGGGCCAAGCACAUGUCACAGCAUUGACCUCAACAGCAAGGAGCUCUGGAGGCUCGGUGUUUGUAGCCCUUGCCUAUUAAAAUUCCUCCUCCUGUAGACAUCUUGCAGGAGAGAAAAAAUGCUAAGGGUUAAAUUCAUGUAUUAAAAACCCAAACAGCCUCUCCUCACCCACCAAAGAGGGUCAAUGGGCAUCAGACCGAUUCCUGCUCACACCUACAGUGGGGGAACACUCCCUCCUGCACGAUGCUGGGCUUGGGAAGGGACUGCAAGAGGUCAGUCCUGGUGGUCCCAUGUGAGACUGGGAGCACAGCUCAGCCCAUCGUAGAAACUGGAGGAUGCCAGGGCUCGGAAAGGGCAGGAGGGAGGAGGAGAUGCCAACCGGCUCGAAAUGUAACCUCAUAUCAAAGAAAUCCCAAUCUCCUCCUGCCAUCCUGCUCCCGCUCAGCUUUUCUUCUUAUUGUUUUUUGUGUGUGUGUAACGCCGACGUUCACAUUGAAUAAGUACCUUUGCCAAAGUGAACACAGAAUUUAGACUAGCUUUCAGCUCAGACUUCCUGGGGCUGUGAACAUGCUAUUAAUUUAAUAUCAUAUUAUUGUGAUAUUGUAAUAGUAACAAGUAUUUGUCACUACUUCCUUUUAUUAAAGGGAAAUGCGGUGCCAUUUGAGUAGCUGAAACACGGUAGUGUGUCCAGAAUAGAGCUUUUCCUUUUUCUAAACAAAUAAUUAUGCAGAAAUGUCACGGCUUAAACCAGAGCAGAUGAUGCCUUGGUUUGAGAUGGUUGAAGAUGGAUGUGAAUCUUUAAAGACUAUUUUUUAGAUGUGUAGCUUUUCCUCUUUUUUGGGGUUUCUUUUCCACUCUUGUCAAUCUGUACCGUUGGGACCUAAUGCAGAUGCUUAUGGCAGGUCAGCCCCCAAAGGGCCGAGGCUGAAGCCUGGAGCUCCAGCAGGAGGAUGUGAUCUUCCCUGAAUUAUCCAAGCCUCCCAAGUCCACAAAGCUGGGCAAAAAAAACCUCCUCAAAAUGUCACAUUCUGGCCUCUCCCUGCCACUUCACUGGAGAAGUGAUCGUAACAGCCCCUCUUGCUGUUCAUUGAUGCCUGAGCUAGGCUGGAGGCAAAGCUGUGCCAACUGAAAACUUGAGAAAGCUUCACCUGGAGUCUUUCUGGGUUUAAUCUGUAAAACAAGAAGGAAAAAGGAACAAACAAGGAGCUUGUGUUUGAUUUCAGCAUGGAACACAGCUUCAGGUCUGGCCUUGGUUUAUCCCGACUGCUGCCCUGGGCUUGAGGGGAGCCACGGGGUUUUUAUUCUGCGCUUGGGGCACAGUUGUGCCUGGGUGGGCAGGCAGGACUGCAGGUCCUUGUGUGCUGCCAGUGGCUUGGAUGCGGUUUUACAGGUGUCAAAAAACACUUCUCCUGGGUCUUUUUGACCAUUUUCAUGAAAUCAGAGGCUUUUCCAAAGGAGUUUCCUUCAGGCUUUGGCCAGGCUGUUGGUUGGACAUGGCUGCUCUGGGAAUGUGUCCUCAUGCUGCCAUGACAGCAUCCCAGGGGUGAUGAGCCCUCCUGAGCCUUGGGGCGAAGAUGUGCUGCAGCCACGCAAGCCCUCUGGCCACAGCCCCAUCACCCCUGGGGCCAGAAACGGAGGGGGCAUGUAGGCAUGGGGCUGUGCCAAGCGAAGGAGUACGGGCAUCAUUUUAAGACCCUGGACUGAGGGACCGAGCCAGCCCAGCUGUCCCAGGGGCCGUUACUGGUGCCUCACAGCCGUCUUCACCCACCUGCCGCAGAUCAGCUAAGGGCAGGCAGUCCUUUUGCUCUGUAAGUUCAUUUAUACACCUUGAAUAUUUAAGCAACGGCUUGCCAGAUUUCUUCUUUCUUUUCUUUCCCCUUUUUCUUGAUCGGAGGAAUCAGAAAGUUCUAUCCAGAGAUAAAACGAGCAGGUGUUGGAUUUGGUGCAACUGCCUGUGUUCGGGGUAGGAAUCAUAUCCGCUAGCAUUUUCCCAAGCAAAUAAUGCCACUAAUUCAACUUGCUGCCUUUUCUAGGCAGAUCCUAAAACCUUCUCUUGCUUUUCUGGCUGUGAUGAGUUGAAAUUACAGCAAGGAAUAAAGUAUCCAAAAGCUGAUUUCUCUUUUUCUUUUGGUAACCCAUAGUGGGCACAACCUCUUCUUGGAGCUCUCCAGUUUCCCAGAGAUGGCUGCUACCUCAGGGAUAGUAUCCACAUCAUCUUUAGUUGAACAGGGAAUAGUUUUAUGCUGUGACAGGGUAUUUUCAUGCUGUUGGAUUCAGGUAUUUAUUUGUCUACCAUAUCAUUCUUCUUCCUUGUUUUGUAAAGAUGCUGAAAUAUUUAAGUGCUUAACCAGUUUGGGACUUUUAAAGCUUCCACCCAAAAUUAUACCAAGGGACUGGACAUUUGGAACUGGCUGAUGGUUGGGUUGGAACUGGAUGAGCUUUAAGGUCCCUUCCAACCCAAACCAUUCUAUGAUUUUUAAGUUGGCAAUAAAAGGGGGGAGAGAGGCAACAAAGCAUUGAUGCUUCUGGAGGGUGAAGGGAAGGGGUUUCUGCUUGUGGAGGUGUUUCUCCAGGAUAACCAUCCCAUGGUAUUUUGGGAAUCAAUGUGGUGUCUGAGCUCUCCGAGCUGACCGACAGCACUUCGGCCUGGGAAGAUCAGUUAGAAAAAAGGAAAUUAAAAGCUUAUGAAAACAAACGGCAGCUGCGCAGGGGGAGCUACUCACUUACUUCAUCUGUGCAAACAGUGUUUGGAAAUCCAUCCCUCCCCACGCUGCGUCCAUGCAGGCAGAUUAAAGAUCCUAUCGAGCAACUUUAUGCCUGCUCAUUUAUUUCCUUCACCCACCAAAUUAAGGAAAGGGAAAGGAAAGGGAAGGUGCUUGGGCUGGAAGGAUAGUUAUGUGUGAAGCACCAGCAUCCCCAGCCAAAAGCACUGCUGGGUGCAAGGCCACGGCACCCAAACCCACCGUGACACUGGGGAGCAGUGAAACAGCUCUGGGUUUCUUCUGAGAGCAGAGUCUGAGCUUCAGCAUCACGUAACAAGAAGGGACGGGGCCGGUGCAAAGCCCAGUGAGUCGGGGAAAAACCUGAUUUCAUGGGGCUUUGGAUCAGGGUCUUACAAAGCAAAGAGGGAUUUUUACUUUGAUCGUAUUUCCAUAAUUUAUGCUUGCAGUGUCUUUACGUUUGUAAUAAAGUAAUAAUAAAGCUGAUGCUAAACCUUUGUCCCAGUCCUCUUCGGGAAUCAACCAUAAAGAGUUAUAUUAAAAACCCAAAUUGCAAAGCACUUUUCUACUGUUUAUUUUCUACCUUUCUUACUUUGAACUGUCUCAAUAUUUGAAAUCCCACUGAUCCUACGAUUGUUAGCUCUGUAUAAAAACAAAAAUAUUAAAUAAAACCCAGUUUUUUUGUAGUUUGCUCUGUUUAGAUUUUAGCCUGUG